AUGCCGUCCAAUGACACUGAAAAUUCCAAUGAUACUUUGACCUUUUUCCUGCGUCAACUUGUCUAUAUCGAUCAGGAAAUUCUCAUUCAUUUACCAUUGGUAUUUAUUACACUCGGUAUGAUUGGUUUUGUUGGUAAUGCGUUUACAUUUCUUCAAUUGCCACUGCGAUUUAAUAGUUGUUGCAUUUAUCUGCUUUGUGAAUCGUUUAUUGAUACAAUCAAUUUAUUUGUCAAUCUAUUUCCAGCGUAUCUACACGGAUCACCGAAAAAUAUUGUUCUCGAAAUCUCCAGUCGUUUCCAAUGCAAAUUCAAACUCUUCUGUCUUGUCUUUCUACCUCAAUUAUCCAUUAAUUUUCUUAUUCUCUCCGUCAUCGAUCGAUACGCAUGUACAUGUUCGUUAACAUCGCCAAUUCGAUAUAUUCGUCAACUGUCCGCCAUUCCGUGCAUCAUAUUUUUGAAUAUUCUUCUCGCGUGUCUCAUGUCAUUAUACUCUCCGUUGUAUUACGAUGUAGCCUCUGGUCUCGGAUGCGUUUGUAUCGAUCCGCUGAUGAAUGGGCUUCUAUACAUUCUUGUUCAUGGAGUUUUGACUCCAUGUGUGAUGUUAAUAUUCGUUUUGCUGACAUAUCGAAAUGUUUCGAAGAGUCAUUAUCGAGCAAAUCUAAUAAACAGAGAUCGCUCUGGCAAUCCGUUUGUUCGAAUGAUAUUUACUCAAGUGUUAACUACAAGUUUCUUAAUAUUACAAUGGAUUAUUUUUUAUGUUUAUCAUAUGUUUACUGCGUGCAAACUUGAUCAUGCGAACGACAAAGUUCUUCAAAUGUUUCUUUUUUCACUUAGUAAUUAUACUUACUAUUUAAUUAAUAUCAAAUCGUUCUAUUUAUCAACAUUGACAUCUCGAGUGUUUCGAAGGACGUUUGUUAAAUCGUUCCGUCAGAUUUUGCCCGAUCGUUCAUCUCAAAGGAAUUCUUCGCCAAACUCGAAUUAA